CCUCAUCUCUCUGUGGAAUGAAGUCACUCCAUCAGUCAGGAGCAAAAUGUGAAUACAGCCAACAGCACAUUGUUGUCUCUUAGCCUGUCAGUCUCAUAGCCAUGACUAAAGGGAGGAAGACACCAGCCAGCUCAGGUGACAAGGCAAUGAUGAAAAAUCCCAAGCCUGUUUUCAUCAAGGUCUCUGCUCAGACUCAUCUGGAGCAGAAGCUCUCUGUGUGCAGUAAACUGUGUUUCGCUAUCGGAGGGGCACCUAAUCAAGUUGCAGGAAGUGCAACUGCUUUUUUUUUGCAAAUAUUUCUGCUGGACAUUGCACAGAUAAACCCUUAUCAGGCCUCCCUGGUGUUAUUCAUUGGGAAAGCUUGGGGUGCUAUUACUGAUCCUGUCGUGGGAUUCUUCAUCACUAAAAGCAGAUGGACAAAAAUCGGCCGACUCAUGCCAUGGAUGGUGGGCUGCACACCAUUUACUGUAGUGUCCUACUUCUACUUGUGGUUCGUUCCUCCUUUUACCAAUCAAAGGUACAUCUGGUAUCUGGGAUUCUACUGUCUCUACCAAACUCUCAUCACAUGUUUCCAUGUGCCUUACUCAGCACUGACCAUGUUUCUGAGCACAGACCAGCAGGAACGAGACUCAGCUACAGCAUACCGUAUGACCUUGGAGGUGUUUGGGACACUAGUUGGUGCAGCCAUUCAGGGCCAGAUUGUAGCAAGUGCUCAUAAUCUUAAACACUGCCCUCAUAACAACACGUCAGCCGGUCACCUGGGAAAUGGUAGUGGAACGGAGAUCAUUCAAAGCUUGGCACUGUCACAGGACUUCCUGUCACAUUCAAAAGAAGUGUACAUGAUUGCUGCAGGUGUGAUCGGGGCACUCUUUCUUAUCUGUACAGUUGUGAUGUUUCUGGGAGUUAAAGAAGGAGAUGAUCCGUAUGCACUGAAGUCAGAGAAACCAAUUCCUUUCCAUAAAGGCUUUGUGUUGGUGAUGAGACACGGGCCAUAUCUCUCCCUCACAGCAGCUUUCCUCUUCAUAUCUGUGGCCAUCCAGCUGAUCCAGAGCAACUUUGUGCUGUUCUGCACAUAUGCAGUAGAUCUUCGGGAUCACUUUCAAAAUAUAGUGCUAACGAUUCUGGUGUCUGCAGCUUUGAGUAUCCCAUUCUGGCAGUGGUUCCUUCAAAGGUUUGGCAAAAAGACAGCAGCGUUCUGUGGAAUUACGUGGAUAAUACCCUUCACUGUGAUGCUGGCAUUUAUUCCAAACCUGAUGGUGGCUUAUGUGGUGGCUGUAUCUUCUGGACUAAGUGUAGCUGCCUCACUACUUUUACCCUGGUCAAUGUUGCCAGACGUAGUGGAUGACUUCAGACUGGCGAACCGCAACUCGAAGGGUCACGAGGCGAUCUUUUAUUCCUUCUACGUUUUCUUCACCAAGUUUGCAGCUGGGAUCUCUCUGGGAGUGUCCACUCUCUGUUUAGAAUUUGCAGGCUAUGACACAGGAGCAUGUAGGCAGCCCAAUGCGGUAGUUUACACUCUGAAACUACUGAUUGGCAUGGCCCCUGUGGUGUUUAUCAUCACAGGCCUUGUCAUCCUUCUUCUGUACCCCAUCAGUGAAGACGUGAGACAGCGAAACAAACUGGCCCUGGAGGAUCUCAGGAACCAGACUAUAAAUUGCAGCUGCCUCAGAGACGACUUGAUAAGUGCAUAGGCCCUUUACACAUCACUGAUUGAAAUUCUAGCUCGGCCCUGGGAUGAGAUGUGUUAGUGUACAUUACACUGUGUUAAAUAUAUUAACAUGAACCUUCUAUUUUCUUUUUGGUAUUUUUUUUAAAUGAUAUAAUAAUCUGUAUUAAUUAUAUACAGUACAGUACAUAAUUUAUAUGAAUGAAUGUAUAUUUCUUUGUUUUUAAUGAAGCUAAAAUAGUAUAAAGUCUUACAGAUUUAUAUUUAAUUAUUUGGAUUUGUUAAUUUGUUAAUUAUCCGAAUUAAUUUUAAUUUAAAGCAAUAUAAUUGGGGCUUUUACUAUGGAUUUUAAAUGUCACCAUCACCAUAAAACACUUUAUAAAAACACUAUAGUUUACUUUUGUUGUACAUUAUACCUCAAGUUCAGAGAGAGAAAAUUAUAAAUAUCCUGAUUUAAUGAACUGACCUUACACCUGUCAGGCAGAACAUUAUGACCACCUGCCCAAUAUAUUGGUGGCCCCUUUUUUUCUGCCAAAAUAACCCUGACCCGUCAAGCAUUAACAACAUAAACGUCUUUCAUCAGUGAGCCUCGGCUGCCCAUGACCCUGUCCCCGGUUCACAACUGUUAUUUCCUUGGAGCACUUUUGAUAGAUACUGAUCACUGAAGACCAGGAACAUCCCACAAGAACUGCAGUUUUGGAGCUGCUCUGACGCCAUCACAAUUUGGCCCUCGACAAACUUCUUACUCUAUCCCAUUUUUCCUGCUUCAAACACAUCAACUUUGAGGACAAAUUGUUUACUUGCUGCCUAAAACAUCAAACCCACUAACCGGUACCAUGAUGAAGAGAUAAUCAGUGUUAUUCACUUUACCUGGCAUAAUGUUAUGCCUGAUCAGUGUGUAAUUCACAGUUCUUUGUUUGGAAGGAGCUCAUAGUUCAAAGUAUAUAAUUGACAUCUGCAAUACUAAAAGGAAACAUUUACAGUAUAAACAACUGUAAUCAAAUACUUCAGAAGUCACAUGGGGAGAUACCUGUUUUCACAACACGUCUGCAAAAAUUAAAAGAUGAGUCAAAGUUACUACUUAAUUCUCACUCAUUUACAAUUGAAAUAAUUAUUGCAUCACAGAUGUGCUGACAAUAUUUUUUUAAUUCUUGUUUGCAAUGUAUUUUGU